AUGCCCCCAGCCCUUAGUGAAGACGAUUCCUCUGAUGCCGGCGGGUUCUCCACUCCCCCGCGCGCGACGCGAAAGUCGGCCUCGGCUGGCGCAGCCUCGGAUCCUAACGACGAUGUUGAUGCCAAUGGCGAGGAUUUCGAUGAACAAGACGAGGAGGGAGAGGAGGAUGAAGACCUCGAGGAGGACGAGUAUGUUGUCGAGGCGAUCAAGAAGCACAUCAUCGACGACGACGGAAGCUUGAAAUUCCACGUCAAGUGGGAAGGAUACGAUGCCGUGGCGGACAUGACAUGGGAGCCGGAGGAAAACCUCCAAGAAUCCGCAUCAGAAAUCCUCGAAGAGUAUUUUGCCAAGAUCGGCGGACGAGAGAAGAUUUUCGAGCAGACGGAAAAAGCCAGCAAAACCAAGAAGCGUCGGCGAACGACAAAUGGCACCCCAAGCACAACAUCAACAGCGAAGCGGUCUCGACGCAGCGCAGCGCAUCCGGCCGACACAACACCUCCAGCGACUGCGAAGAAGUGGAGUCCUCCAGCCGGCUCGUGGGAGGACGAGAUCGAGACGAUCGAUGCUUGCGAGGAAGAGGGUAGUGGCAAGCUGGUUGUCUAUCUGAUCUGGAAGAAUGGCAACAAGACGAAGCAUGACACUCAGAUCAUCUACAAGAAGUGUCCACAAAAGAUGCUCCAAUUCUACGAGCGACACGUCAAGAUCAUUAGAGAGGAGCAGAAGGCGCAAGUGGACGAAGCUGAGGCUGCACUCAACAAAGUCUAUUGGCCUGAGACAUCUCCAUCUUGA